UCUUGUCCAGAAUAUGUUCUGUUGUUGGAUGGAUGGCCAGUAGAAUCUCAGUUUCAUGACUGGAAAUCCAUUAUAUGAAUCGUAUUACAAACAGGUAGAUCCAACAUACACAGGGAGAGUUGGGGCUAGUGAAGCUGCACUUUUUCUGAAAAAGUCAGGUCUUUCAGACAUUAUUCUUGGAAAGAUUUGGGAUUUGGCAGAUCCAGAGGGUAAGGGCUUCUUGGACAAACAGGGUUUCUAUGUUGCCCUGAGACUAGUAGCAUGUGCACAAAAUGGCCAUGAAGUUAACUUGAGCAGCCUAAACUUGAGUCUCCCACCUCCUAAAUUUCAUGACACUAGCAGUCCUCUGUUGGUCACACCUCCUUCAGCAGAGUCCCACUGGGCUGUUAGGGUGGAAGAGAAAGCAAAAUUUGAUGGAAUUUUUGAAAGCCUUUUACCUAUAAAUGGUUUACUUUCUGGAGACAAAGUAAAACCUGUACUGAUGAACUCCAAGCUACCUCUGGAUAUCCUGGGCAGGGUCUGGGAUCUCAGUGAUAUUGACAAAGAUGGACGUUUGGACAAAGAUGAAUUUGCUGUGGCGAUGCACCUAGUAUAUCGAGCUCUUGAGAAAGAACCAGUUCCGUCUGUACUUCCACCAUCACUUAUACCACCUUCCAAAAGAAAAAAACCUGUUUUUCCUGGUGCUGUACCUGUUCUUCCUGCAAGUCCUCCACCCAAAGAUAGCCUACGUUCAACUCCCUCCCAUGGCAGUGUGAACAGUCUUAAUAGCACAGGGAGCUUAUCUCCCAAACAUGGUGUAAAACAAGGGCAGCCAGCAGUGAAUUGGGUGGUACCAAUGUCUGAUAAAGUGAGAUUCGAUGAAAUUUUCUUGAAAACUGACUUGGACAUGGAUGGUUAUGUGAGUGGCCAGGAAGUGAAAGAAAUAUUUAUUCACUCAGGCCUUACUCAGAGUCUCUUAGCACACAUUUGGGCCCUGGCUGAUACAAGGCAGACGGGAAAACUAAGCAAGGAGCAAUUUGCAUUAGCCAUGUAUUUCAUUCAGCAAAAGGUCCAUAAAGGAAUUGAUCCUCCUCAAGCUUUGUCCCCUGACAUGAUCCCACCCUCAGAAAGAAACAUUCCUCUUCAGGAUAGUGCAAGUACUCUUGGAACAGGGGAAUUCACAGGAGUAAAAGAACUUGAUGAUAUCAGUCAGGAGAUUGCUCAGCUGCAAAGAGAGAAGUAUUCCUUGGAACAAGACAUUCGAGAAAAGGAAGACGCCAUUAGACAGAAAACUAGUGAAGUACAGGAAUUGCAGAAUGACUUAGACAGAGAAACAAGUAAUUUACAAGAAUUAGAAGCCCAGAAACAAGAUGCUCAAGAUCGCCUUGAUGAAAUGGAUCAGCAGAAAGCCAAACUUAAAGAUAUGCUAAAUGAUGUAAGGCAAAAAUGCCAGGAAGAAACACAGAUGAUUUCAUCAUUGAAAACUCAGAUUCAGUCUCAGGAAUCAGAUUUAAAGUCACAAGAAGAUGACUUGAAUAGGGCCAAAACUGAAUUGAACCGAUUGCAGCAAGAAGAAACCCAACUAGAACAGAGCAUCCAAGCAGGGAAGGUUCAACUUGAAACAAUAAUUAAAUCUUUGAAAUCAACACAAGAAGAAAUUAAUCAGGCAAGAAGUAAGCUUUCUCAACUGCAAGAAUGUCACCAGGAAGCCAGCACAAGUAUUGAACAGUAUAAUGAAGCACUAAAUGGGAUUCCUGGUGACAGCAUGACCAACUUAGCUGACCUUAAUGAAGGAGCCACACAGAAAGAAAAAGGCGGUUUUGGAGCUAUGGAUGAUCCAUUCAAGAAUAAAGCCUUAUUAUUUAGCAACAAUACACAGGAAUUGCAUACAGACCCUUUCCAAGCAGAGGAUCCUUUCAAAUCUGAUCCAUUUAAAGGAGCUGAUCCCUUCAAAGGUGACCCCUUCCAGAAUGACCCUUUCGCAGAACAACAAAUGACUUCAGCAGAUCCAUUUGGAGGGGAUCCUUUCAAAGAAAGUGAUCCAUUUCGUAGCUCCGAUGAUUUCUUCAAGAAACAAGUCAAGAGUGAUCCAUUUACCUCAGACCCAUUCACAAAAAACCCCUCCUCAUCUUCAAAACCUGACCCCUUUGAAGUCAGUGAUCCUUUUUCAUCCUCUAGUAUCUCUUCAAAAGGAACAGAUCCCUUUGGAACCUUAGACCCCUUUGGAAGUGGUGCCUUCAGUAGUAGUGAGGGCUUUGCAGACUUCAGCCAGAUGUCAAAGCCCACCUCUUCUGACCCUUUCAUCUCCUCUUUUGGAGGGGUGGGAUUCUCAGAGGACCCUUUUAAAAGUAAACAGGACACUCCAGCUCUGCCACCGAAGAAAAAUGUUCCUCCACGACCCAAGCCACCCAGUGGUAAAAGUACACCUGUAAGCCAGCUUGGGUCUGCAGAUUUUUCCAAACCCCCUGAUCCAUUCCAGCCAUUUGGGGCUGACAACAGUGACCCGUUUCAAAAUAAAAAGGGUUUUGGGGACCCAUUUAGUGGAAACGAUCCAUUUGCUCCCUCCUCUUCAACUCAAACUCCUAAAGACUCUUCCUUGGGUUUUGCAGACUUCAGCUCUUUUGGAAAUGAGGAGCAGCAGCUGGCGUGGGCCAAGCGCGAGAGUGAGAGAGCAGAGCAGGAGAGGCUAGCUCGGUUGCGGAGACAAGAGCAGGAAGACCUUGAGUUGGCGAUUGCACUCAGUUCCUUCCUGCGUGUAAGAAAUGUAACCCGCGACUGCAAGGUACCUCCCGAAAGCCACGCUGCUCUGCGAUGGGGACGUGUAACGUAUGCUGCUGCCGCUGCCGAGGCUGUGCUGUGAACAAUGCCAUCGUAGUCCAGGGGGUUCUGCAUAAACCUAAAAGGUUUCUAGAAGGAAGAGGUUAAUCCGAAAGGAAAUUGUUCUCUUUUCCUUCACGCCUCUGUAUUCAUAGGAUACAAUCAAAUAUAAAAUAUUCCAGAGCAAAACAUCAUUUUGAGAGCAGAGCCUUUCUCAGACAGGCAUACUACCCCUCUCCUCACCUAGCAUCAUUAAAUGGUUCCACUAAAAUACAAUAUUUAAACAAAACAUUAGAAUGGAUAAUUAAUCAGGAACAGUGUCAUGAGUGGGCAUUUAUCUGAAUGAUAUCAUAGCAGGGUUUCAUGACAUGAUGGUGGUGUUCGACUAUCAUCUGGCAAUGACAUUAUUGCAAAACAUUAUUGACUGAGAUAAUGUGAUGUGGGGUAUGCCUGUAUUCCUUUUAUAUCAGUGAGAUGUGACUUAUGAGAUAGAAAACUGAUUAUGUAUGCAUUAGUUGUAUAAAAAAUUAAGUUUGAAUGAUUAAUAUAAAAUAUUUUGAAUACAAAAA